CCACCCCCAUUGCCUUACAAGAGAGAUUGUCAAGAAGAGCUAACAAAAACCAAGCAAAUUUAGCUUAUAUAUCCACUCUCAAGAAUUCUCUCUCUUUCUCUCUCUCUCUCUCUCUCUCUCUCUCUAAUCUUUCUCAAGUCUCUAAUGGCGAAGACAACAGAUCCUCUGGUGGUUGGGAGGGUAAUUGGAGAUGUAAUUGAUUAUUUCACCCCAAUUGUGAAAAUGACAGUCUCUUAUAACCCCAACAAACAGGUUUAUAAUGGCCAUGAGCUUUUCCCUUCUGCUGUAACUCAGAAACCUAAGGUUGAGGUCCAGGGAGGUGAUAUGAGAUCCUUUUUCACUCUGGUCAUGACAGACCCAGAUGUGCCUGGUCCCAGCGAUCCAUACCUGAGGGAGCACUUGCACUGGAUAGUUACGGACAUCCCAGGCACCACUGAUGCCACGUUUGGAAGGGAAGUGGUGAGCUACGAGAUGCCAAGGCCAAACAUAGGGAUCCAUAGGUUUGUUUUCCUUCUGUUCAAGCAACGAAAAAGGCAAACAGUGACCACACCAAGCCCAGGGGAUCAUUUUAACACCAGAAAAUUUGCAGAGGAAAAUGGACUAGGCCUGCCGGUGGCAGCUGUCUUCUUUAAUGCUCAGAGGGAAACAGCUGCAAGGAGGCGCUGAAGAAAAAG